GAUGAGGAUCGCUUCUAUCCGUUUGUCGUAUAGUGCAACCGAGAUCAAGAUCCUCAGUCAACGAGAAAGGUCGUGCUACAAGAUCCAUCUUUUGUUGGAGGUUUCGAUUUUACAUAUGUAGAAUCUUUUUUAAGUUGGAUCAUGCAACCCCAAACAAAAAAAAAGUUAAAGUUUUGGAAGAAGAGGCAUCGCGAGAAAAAAAUAAAGUAUACUGAACUACUAACCAAGGAUUUACUCAAGACUUUUUGGCUAUGCAUUACUAGAUUGAAGGCACCAAAAAAAUCGAAAUAGGUGUAUGAAAGAAACCGAAGUUGAUUAUUGUCUUCGCUCAGAAUACCGAAAUAAAAUCAAUUGGUGCAAUUUUUGAGGAUACGACUGUUAAAAACUUCACACACAAAUUGGCCGCCUUCAAAACAAAAUUUUUGCACCUUCAUUUACAACGAGCCUGCAGCAGCUUCAGUGGGAGGUCGUCUCUGUUUGAUACGACAUUGACUCGAAGCACAGGCGGCGCAAGAACUACAGGUAGAAGAACGACGAGAGGCUCCCGAAAACGCCCACCAUGUUGCGUGUCUGUGGUUUUUUUCUCGCCACGGCAGCUGAGAUAGGAGCGGCUCGCACUCAUGGGAACGGCGUUUCGCAUGGGGAUGUGGUGCACAAGGACAAGACAAAAAAAUUCGGUGCACCCGGCGUAGUCCGAUCGCCGGCAUCAACAGGCAGCAGCAAACGCUGGUCCGGCGUAGGCAAUCAUAGCACAACUACGCCUUCCAGCGGAUUGCGCAGGCGCCGCUAUUCCGGAUCUGAGACUGGUGAGAGGCGUGUAGGUGUAGAUAAGGCCCACACUUGGGAACCCGAGUCAAGUAGGCAUGCUCUAACGUCGGACGAUGUAUUUGCUCCGGGCUCUGCUGGUGCAGCUUCGUCCUCUCCGCACCACAAUUGGCAAUACCAGCGCGGAGGAUCUGCAGCCGCAGCCUCAGCGCCGGGCUCACCAGUUAUGCAGCUGCUCUUAACUCCGGGGGCGGGCGCGUCUGCGAUUACGAUUAGGCCACUGCCUGCUUCUUCGUAUGGGUUUCCGCCCCUACCGCGGGUUCAGAGCCAACCGGAGCAAACUUUAACACAGUUGAGAGAGCUAAGCAAGGAGGCAGACGAAGUCGCGGAACUACGAAACUUGCAAUUAAAAAUUGCAGAAACCCUGUCGCAAGGCGGCGACAAGAACUCCCAGCAUUCGUCACCCGCAUUCACCGCCGUCGGCUCUCCCGGCAGCUCCAAGCAAAACUUUUGGUCGCCGAAUAUCGCAGCUGCCGAGACCGCCGGCGCAGCAUCUACUACAGAGGACCAGCUCCUCGCGAUGGGCUCGUUCUCGUUGGGCCCGGCUUUCGGUUCCACGCCCGCAUCAACCACGCCCAGAGCUGCACCAAACGGAGGCGCCAAGCGGAUCGCCUCUUCCAACUCUCUGGCAUCCUCUGCUGCCUCCGCGCACCAGCAUCAGCAGCAGACCACUGGCAGCUCCUUUCGAAAUCGGAGAAACGAUUCCUUUGCCUCCAUUGCUUCGUCCGCAUGGGCGCAAAAUCUGCGACAGUAUUCGGGAGACCAGCAGUUAUCGGCCCGAGGGGGCGGAGGACCUGCUCCCAAGGUCGUGGAAAUGCAGUACGCGGUGCCCAAGUUUUGCAGGGUUACAGGUCGACCGCUGACUCUGCAAGAGCAGCAGCAGGCGUUGCUUCAACAGCAGGUAAAAAGAGGAGCGCAGUCGUCCCUGGCCCAACGCGGACGCGUCGCCUCUAUUUCGUCGAUAGCCUCAACCACCACGGACGCACCAGCGGGCGCGACAACCUCCGAGCAAAACAUGAACUACGGUGGUUCGAGCUCAUUCAGCACGCUCCUUCAAGAGGACAUGCCGAGCGCCAGCAGUCGGAGUGAGAAUGCGACCAGCGCAAGCAACGUGGGCUUUUACCUGUCAGUAUCGGACGAACAACCUGCGUCCGCGUCCGCCUACAACGCCGCGGCCCCUACUUUCGAGACCACAGGCCCAGGGGGCGCUAAUCACGAAGUUGUAGCUCCUCCCUCGCCCCCCUGGCCCGCGUGGGGAAACCCCGAUGUGCUACGCAGCUACUGGACUCAACAAGAUCAAGAUGUUUCAUCUGUUUCCGCUACUACGGGAUCAGACGGGCGAGGGCCUUCUGGCACUGCUCCUGGUGAUUAUGUUAACUUUCCGACCUUGCAAAGUGCGAGAGCUGCUGGAAAAAGUAAAAGUAAAACCAGAAUGCCGGCGGCGCAGCAGCAGCAAGCCGGCGGCGACCGGCUGGCCAACUUGCGUUAUUACCAGGACGGCGUGUACAUUACCGCGCCCGAUAAUGACAAGUCCCAGCAGGUCGUGCAACAGCCGCUGGAAGACGACGCGGACGACGACGAGGAAGGUCAAAUGGUUUAUUUGGAUCGUCCGGGAAAGAAUGACACGGAUGCCGCGGAUCUUGUUCCCUACCGAAGCUUCGCUGUCGUGCAAGGGCUGCGUCGCGCACAUGCGGAAGAUCAGGAAGCCGAAGGAGGCAACGAUGAAUUUUUUGAUGUUGUUGACACGCGCGGCGAAGACGCCACGGCGCACAACGCUACGAGCAACGAGGUCGUGGCACCACAUAAAGCAGACAGCUUGCAAUGGCCAUGGUCGGUGCGGAUUGGCCAGAGUGGCGGUGCGCAACAUCAGGGCACUCGCUCUUUCUUUUUCCGUUUCAACUUCAAGUCGCAUCUACUCGGGGGAGUUACCUACACCUGGUGACGACCAUCUGCAUUAUGUUCUAAAUAUGCAGUUACUUCUGCAAUUCCAAUUGCAAGUGCUGCAAGAACAAUCGAUCCUAUUCCAAUUGCAAGUGCUGCAGCAAGAACAAUCGAUCCUAAUAUCCAUCGUUUGUGAUUUAUGUCUCAGGUUCAGCCGAAGAUCAGCACGCAGAUGCAUAUGACGCGCCAGCAGGAGGACAGCACCAGAGUGCAGAAACAGAAAACUACGUGGAUCGAGACCAACUCCAGAAAAAUUUAGCUGGCCGGAGUUUCGAUUCCGUAGUUUCCGACGCGUCGACGUGGCGGCGGAUGGUAACGCCAAGCCAGACGGAUCCGUCCGAGUUCGCGCCCACUCCCAACGGGGAUGCUGGACCACAACAUAGAAGUUCCUCACUCAAUACAGCAACUACAAGUCUUGGAACCAACCCGCCGCCAGGCCCAGAGGCUGCGCCACUGGCUGUGGACGGGCGGAACAACAGGUACUGAAAUCGCCUGGAUCUUUUCUAUUUUUGUAUUCGUGCCGGUCGACGUUGACGUAGUUCUUAUUUUUCAGAAGGAACAAGAGGAACGCGAGAGCGGCACUGAUAGAUAAGUACAAGCAGCCCCCAUGCAGUAUCUUUCUGGUGACGACGCACGCGACCCUGGUUGCUUAAUCCACUGUGAUAUGUGAAGAGUCUACGAGGACUUCUACUUUAGCGAAAUAAAAACAAACUCAGGUCGUGGCUUGCUGUGCCGACGUUCAUGAUGCGGCCCGCCAUGGCGAUUCCGUUACUUGUGCAACAAGGACCAGUGGUCGCCCCCGUUGUGCACGCGGCACCACAGCACCAGCACGCGGUGAUAAGUCCGACGGAAGCUCAAGACAGCGGCACCGCGUUGCACACAGACGUUGCCUCCUCAGGUUUCCUACAGCAGCGGGGUCUCUCCCCGUAG